AUGUUAUCAAAUAAUGCUAUUCUCACAUGCGACACUAGAGACCCUUUCAAUUCCGGGUGGGCAUCCGGAUCCUCACAACAUGGAGGAUCUGAGGCAAAAAGGCGCAGUGGAUAUGUCCCCCCCUACAUGCGCUCACGCAUCACCCCUGAUAUGAGGAGACAACUGGAUCAAGAAUGGAUCUUAUUGAAAGAGCAGUUGUUCGGAUCUCCUGACGGCACGGCGGAGUGUUCUGAUAACCCAAAAGAGGAGAAUACAUCUAACGAUGAGGCACGUCCUGAUGAUACAUCUAACGGUACGCCUGCAGCGGACUUGUUAUUUGAUCCUGGACUGUAUGAGGAUAGCGCAUGCGAGGGAGAAUGGUCUGAUGAUGAACGGUCUGAUGAUGGAUUGCUCGAUGAUCCAUCCUUCAACGAUGAGUCUUCCAAUGAUAGUUCGUCCCAAAAUCACGGGUUCUGGCAAUAUAUCUGCGAUAUCUGUUCUAAGGUCUGGGAUGGUAUCAAGACCGGAUUCCAAAAGGUCUUUGAUGAGAUCAAUUCCGCGUGUGCUUGUUUAUGGGAUAUCCUAUAUGAGGCUGGCAGCUGGGUCAAGGAGCAUCUGGAUGAUUUUCUCUCCAAGAUUAUGCAGAUAUUUAUGGGUUCCAAUUAG